AUGCGAGAGAAAAAGAAGCGCGGCAAAGCGUCAAGAAAAGACUUAGCCGAGAGAGCUGCGGCACAAGCCGCUGCCGGCGCUUCGAAUUAUAAUGGCGAUGCAUCUGACGGAAAGGAAUCCAGCAACUCUCCUACCACGGAUGAGAAAGCUGAUGGCUUUGUGGAAAACACCAGAAGCAACUCCAUGUCAAGCAGCGGUCUAGCUACAGUUCAUGACAAUCACCUCCGGGGGGAAAUUGGCAUCGAUGCAGAAUUUCGCCAUGAACAACCAGCACCCAGCCCAGGGCAAUUUGGCGAACUUUCUGGCCAGUCUCACAUGCUACCACCGAUUCAAAUUGAUCAGGGAACUAUCCAUGAUGACCGUUCAAUGAGCAUCAGCAGCUAUGGAGGACUUUCGACUAGCUACGACCGGCAAAGCCUUAGCAGUGAUGACCUUAUGGGCGGUAGCCAGGCAUACGGCCAUCCGCACCAGAACAAUAUGCACGGGUAUUCAGAGCUGUCAUUUGGAAUCUUGGGACAAGUUUCGGCGGAUUUCGGCAACUCUUCUGGUUUUCGACUCAGCAACAGUCCGCUUGGGGCCUAUACGGGUCUAACUUCAACUACAUCCUCAGGAUGGGGUAUGCCAAUAUCUUCACCACCAGAGCAAUUUCAAACACAGAUGCAACACGACUUUAGACAGUCGAGGUUGCGGUACCCAGUUUUAGAGCCGUUAAUUCCUCAUAUAGCCAACAUUAUUCCGAUAUACCUGGCGUGCGACUUGAUCGAUCUGUAUUUUGCAUCGUCUUCUUCGGCCGGCAUACAUCCAAUGUCACCUUAUAUACUUGGAUCGGUUUUUCGAAAACGAGCCUUCUUACACCCUACAAGACCACGAAAAUGUCGACCAGCGUUAUUAGCCAGUAUGCUGUGGGUUGCCGCCCAAACAAGCGAGGCUCCUCUACUUACCAGUGCACCUUCAGCCCGGGGAAAGAUUUGCCAGAAGUUGUUGGACUUGACCGUUGGAUUAUUAAAGCCAUUGAUCCAUAGCUCGUCUAUUUAUGCCGAUUCAAACGCGGGCCAAACCGGCGCAGCCGUUUCUCUGGGUGGCCCUGGUGUGGCGUUACCAGGUUCGAUGAGCGUCGAGACUGAACUUAACGGCAAUUCCGGCUCCUUUGGAUCUUCCGGCCACCUGGACGACGUUGUGACUUAUAUCCACCUGGCGACUGUGGUGUCUGCUAGUGAAUAUAAAGGAGCCAGUCUGCGCUGGUGGAACGUGGCCUGGUCCAUGGCGCGAGAGUUGAAGCUAGGCCGUGAGUUACCACCGAGCGAACCGCGACCCAGUUUCGAACAAAGCAAAAUGGAAACGAAUGGGCUGGAUGAGCACGAUAUUCUCCGAAAUAGCCCCGGCUUUAUUACGGAAGAAGAGAGGGAAGAGAGACGACGAAUUUGGUGGCUCGUGUAUACUGUGGACCGGCACCUGGCUCUUUGUUAUAACCGGCCUUUGUUCCUGCUCGACGUAGAAUGUGAGGGCCUUCGGCAACCACUGGACGAUGCAGCCUGGCAGACUGGAGACUUUAAGAACUAUCCAGCCGACUCCAACAUACUAGGAAUCCUCCCUGAGAACGAAGAAACUCUUUGUGGGCCGCAGUUUCGGUGCAGGGGAUACAGCAUUUUUGGCUACUUUCUCCCGUUGAUGACUAUUCUCGGAGAGAUUGUUGAUUUGCACCAUGCACGAAAUCACCCCCGAUUCGGUUCCACGUUUAGAGCCUCGCGAGAAUGGAGCAACCAGGUAUCCGAAGUGAGACGGCACCUCAGAAGCUACGAAGGAAGUCUCAACCUAUUCGAAACCCAAAGUUCAUUGGCCCAAAACAACAGUGGCCAUAGAGAUAUGAACAGCAUCCUGGAGUGCCACAACGGAACGCAGGGGGCUCUCGAAUUAAACAGCAGCCCGUCUGCUCAGUCGGUGCAUACCACAGCUUCGAGCCGCGUGACUAAAGCAGAGGUCCAGACAAGAACUGUGCUUGCAUAUGGCACGCACGUUAUGCAUGUUUUGCAUAUUCUACUGGAAGGGAAAUGGGAUCCCGUUAAUCUCUUGGAUGAUGACGACCUGUGGAUUUCAUCCCCAGACUUUGUGACUGCUUCCGCACACGCUGUAGCCGCAGCAGAGGCGAUCAACCAGAUUCUUGAGUACGACCCAGGACUAGAAUUCAUGCCAUUCUUUUUCGGCGUUUAUCUCCUCCAAGGCUCCUUUUUGCUGCUUCUUAUAGCGGAUAAGUUGCAAGCCGAGGCUUCGCCAAACGUAGUGAGGGCCUGCGAGACCAUUGUACGGGCACACGAAGCGUGUGUCGUGACGCUGAGCACAGAAUACCAGCGCAAAUUCAGUAGAGUGAUGCGGGGUGCCCUAGCAUUAGUCCGAGGACGCGUCCCCGAAGACCUAGGCGAACAACUACAGCGACGACGAGAGCUACUAGGAUUGUACCGCUGGACGGGAGAUGGUACCGGCUUGGCACUAUGA